AUGACAUCACUCAAGAAGAAGAGUAGGAGGAAGCCUUCUUCCCAGGCCCUGGGGAAUAUUGUUGGCUGCAGAAUUUCUCACGGGUGGAAGGAAGGUAAUGAGCCUGUCACCCAUUGGAAGGCCAUCAUUCUAGGUCAACUGCCAACAAACCCUUCUCUUUAUUUGGUGAAGUAUGACGGAAUUGACAGUGUCUACGGACAGGAGCUCCACAGCGAUGAGAGGAUUUUAAAUCUUAAGGUCUUGCCUCACAAAGUAGUUUUUCUUCAGGUGAGGGAUGUCCACCUCGCCAGCGCCCUGGUUUGCAGAGAGGUACAACACAAAUUUGAGGGGAAAGAUGGCUCUGAGGACAACUGGAGUGGGAUGGUGCUAGCCCAGGUGCCAUUCUUACAGGACUAUUUUUACAUUUCCUACAAGAAGGAUCCGGUCCUCUAUGUCUAUCAGCUCCUGGAUGACUACAAGGAAGGUAACCUCCACAUCAUUCCAGAGACCCCUCUGGCUGAGGCGAGAUCAGGUGAUGACAAUGACUUCUUAAUAGGUUCCUGGGUGCAGUACACCAGAGAUGAUGGAUCCAAAAAGUUCGGAAAGGUUGUUUACAAAGUUCUAGCCAAUUCUACUGUGUACUUUAUCAAAUUUCUUGGUGACCUACAUAUCUAUGUCUAUAUUCUGGUGUCAAAUAUCACUUAA